AUGAGUGCACUUGACGCGCUUUUCGGCGCAGAACAAUCUAUUGAUAAAGUAAGUUUCAAAUAUAAGCCUAAAAUAGAACAAGCAAAGCCUGAACAGCCAGCUUUUCCAUAUAUGGGCCAGAUUUUCCUUUAUCAAUAUAAUACUCAAGAAAAUAAGAAUGUUGAUUAUGGAAAAUUCAUGUUAAUAGUAAAACCAAAUCCACCAGCUCACAAUAUUGUAAUUUAUCAAAACCAAAAUCAACCUUUUCUUCAAAUUCAAGUUACAACUUCAAUGAAAUUUAAUUUACGCGAAAAAAUCUUCGGCUAUAUUACAGAUCAAAGUGGAAUUCAAUGGACUAUUAGGUUUUCAGAUAAUGAAAGCGCUGCAAGAUUCGCAAUUACAGUUGGAUCAAUCUUAGAAAAUACAACCGGCGCACAGAUGUCGGUUUACGAUGCACUCAUCGGUAAUGGUCAGAUUGUUGAUACUGACGAUACUGUUUCUGUUUCCUACAUUGGAUUUUUAGGUGGCAAUCUUCCAACAACCGGAAAGAAAUUCGAUGCAAACGAAUCAUAUUCAUUUACAAUUGGUAGCGACAAGACUAUCAAAGGCUGGUCCCAAGGCGCAAUUGGAAUGCACGUUGGAGGCACAAGAGCUCUCUUUAUUCCACCAGAAUUAGCAUACGGACCAAACGCUGUUGCCGGUGGUUUGAUUCCUCCUAAUUCUAUCCUUACAUUUUUAAUUACAAUCACAUCAUCAAAAUCUAAUAAGCCUCAAACACAACAUGUAGUACAGCAACAGCCUCAGCAACAACAGCAGCCAGUCCAGAAGCCUGUUCAAGCUCCUGUUACCCAAGUACAACCACAAUCUACUCCAAUUGCUCCAAAGAAGGAAGAAGAAGCACCAGCAACAUCAUUUUCGGACAAGAUGAAACGAAUUGGUGCAGUUUUCAUGCCAGGAAUGCCAGCUCCUGCAUCUCAUUCCGUAUCAGAUACUUCUGAUUACCAAACAAACGAAACAACAAAUACUUCUGACUCUUCCAGGACCGUACAACAGACAUACCAAGCUCCUGCUCCUCAGCAGCCUGUUUCCUCCCCACAACCAGAAAGAAUUCGCGAAGUUGUCAAAGUUGUCAACGCUCCAACAGUUGAUGAAGCGCAAGUUCUUGCCAGAAUGGACCAACUCAACGCUCUUUUAACCUCCAAGUUCGACCAGCUGAUGUCCAAGGCAAACGAGGAAAUGCCGACCGCUGUUUUAUGCGACGAAAUACAGCAAAUGGCCGCAGACUUGGACAGAAAAGAGCGCCAGAUCAGAGACCAAGAGCGUCUUAUUGCAGAACUCAAAGGCUCAAAGAGCGGCGUUAGACUGAAACAAGAACUCGACAGCACAGCGACAGAACUCGAACAGUUGAGAUCUGUCUUGAGAGGUUCAAAAGAUUUGAGGAAAGAGAACGAAGAUCUCAAAGCGGAAUUGAGAAAUAUAAGGGAGAGAAAUCUCACAAAACUUGAGUCUGACGUGCACCAACUUCAGGACGAAUUGGCUUCCCAGAGACAGAGAUCUUCUGCUGAAGCAGCAAGUAAAGCUAAAGAACUUUUCUUCGGAUUUAUGGGUUCAGCUGUGGAACAGUUGAAGCAGAGAUUCGACCAGAUGGGAACUGUUCCCGCCGACGAAGUCACUGCAAUCGUUUCAGACGUCUUCAGAAAAUGCCAGGAACGUACUUUCAGACAAAUUGAUGAAGACGGACUUCUGUAA